UGCUCUCAGAACCUGGGUGGUGAGUGCAUAACGUGUCGUCCGAAUGGAUAGAACUUUGCAUCAUUUUUUAUAUAAAACAUCAAUCUAUUGUUCCUCGUAUCCUUGAUUAUAUCACAGAAACAAUCAUUCAUUAUGGCAGAUCUCGAUAGUUUUUUUGCCAAAAAAGAUAAAAAGAAAGUGAAAGGUAAAAAAUUCACUACCACUGAAGAAAUUGCCAGGAGGUUAAAUGAUACAGAGAAGAAAGUGGCUUCGGCGACCAAAAAUGAAAUUUCUAAAAAAUUAGAAGAAUGUGAAGAUGGAUUAAGCACAUCUAAAAUAACUGCCGUGCCAGAGUUGGAUGAUGCUGAAGUUUCAUCUAUAGAAAAAAUACCAGAAGUUGAUGAAAAGAAAGUGGUUGAAGAAGAACAAUGGGAUGAUUUUAAAGAUGAUUAUGCUGUAGACGUCAGCAAUCUACGGAUCACAAAUAUGAUCACAGACAAUGAUGAUGAAGGUGGCCGUGCUUCUGGUGAAGGAGGUGAUGACAGUAAACUGAAUUCUGGUGAUGACAAAAAAGAGGGCGUUUGGAAAAUUGAAGAACAACAGAAGUCUUUGGAGAGCACAAUUUGUGAGGCCUUAGAUGCCGACGAUGAUAUGCAAGGAGUUAAGGCCCAAAUAGCAGCCAGGAAUGCCCAGCCUCGGUGGACCAGCCAAAAUGCCUCAGAAAUGAAAGCCGCUCCUCUGCCCCGAGGCUCUCGCGCGAUACCAGGUUCGCGACGCAAAAAAGAGGCCCCUGAUAUCACCAAUGCUACAGCCUUCCCCACUCUCGCUGAUGCCAAGACUGUCAACCCCCGCAAGAAAGUCUUAGACGACCGUGACGUGCCUGAGGUUCGUGUGUCGCACAACACGCCUCGAGGACGUGACACGCCCAACAACCCCCAAGCGUACCGACCGCCCAUGCUGCGCACCAACAACCGCUUCGGUGCCCUCACCGACCAGAGCUCUUUGGUCAAACACAACUGAGGCGCAGUCCAACCCUUUACUGCGUCUUGGUCGUUUUUUACUAUUUCUCGGUUAUAAAGGAAUAUGCCUUUAGGUCAGAACUCCCGACGAAUUAAACCAGAGUUUACUCGACAUGGGAGUGAUAACUGGCUUUGUACCUUUAAUGUACUUUUGACUUGAUAUUACUGAAAAUGUAUUAUGGGAUCGAUCAUAUCUAUCAUCAAAAACAUUCGUUUACAGGUUUGUAGUUACGCGACGUUUAUCUCGAAACGUACAUCAUGGGUUUAGUGAGGCUUUUUCUUGACAAUUGAGCUAUGAAACUACUGUAUCGUUACUUAUCAGUUAAUAGAUUCUUAGAGGCACCUAAUGGUACUUGACAACUGCUGCAAAAUCUGAAUUUGGAUUUUACUCCUUACUACGGUACUUGCCAUGUUGACCAAUGCCCUUUUGCCCAAACAUUAAAUUAGAAGCCUUAGAGACAACUGUUCCAAAGGCAAUUCAUUCUGCAUUAUUUAGCUUAUACCUGCUUUUCUGCCAGCUAAAAUUCGAUUUUGUGUUUAUAAUGGCAGAAAAGGUUAAAAAAAAUUCUCUACAAAUUUUGUAGUAAUAAUUACUUAACAUACAUUUUGAACUCUAAUAUGACAGGAAAAUUUUUUAGGAACAUAUCUCAUGAUAUUUUCGUUGAACAAUUUUAUCACUCAACAGCUCCCUUGCCUGAGUCCCAUCUUCUUUGUUUGAUCAGGUUUCAUCAGCCCCUUUAUUAACAAACAUGUAAUCAAAUUGAUCCUUCUUUCGCUGCUUAGACCACACUGUUGGCUGUUUUUUUAUGAAGUGUUUAAAUUGUCUUGAAACUGAUUACAGUUCAGUGUGCCACGUAGCUAAUGCUGCCUUCUUUUAAUAUCAAUCGGCACUGUCUAUAUGGAAUGGAUUGGAUCACUUGCCCACAUUGUACGUUUCCAAUUAAAAGUUACAUUUGUGUUGGCCUGUGUUUUAAAGUCACUAAGGCUAAAAUGUAACUCCGGAUCUUUGACUGCAAGACAGUCUGAUUUAGGAUUACUUUGUUUACAAAAUUUGAUAAUUUGCAUUUAUUGAAAUCUGUGACGUCAGUUGGGAACUUAAUAGCGCAAUUUUUCGAAAAUAUGUAUGGAACCCAGAGGUAUUUUUUGAAAAUAUAUGAAGCUAAUUCCCUUGAAAUAUCAAGAGCCAGAAGAGCGAUUCUGUCAUUUUAUUCUUUAGCUUAUUACUUCUAGGAGCGAGUGCAAGUCAGGGUGUCUAUGGUAACAGUUUAAAAGUCAUUCUUUAUAUUUAUUCCUGUUCUUUCAUGAUAUGUUAGCGCGCAUGCUUUUCAGCUUGGGAAUGAAUCUAACUUGGGCAAUAAUGACGCGCACAUUUCCGCUGCAAUCGUGGCAUUUAUUCUCGAUUGAAAUGCAAUUAACUUAAUCAAUCGGCAAAUUGCCACUGCGAAUUUAAUUUUAAUGAGUAAUUUUAAAGGGGAUUAUGCCUGAUCAUUAAAAUUAAUAUUUCUUGUCGCUGAUUCAUUCUGAAAGGUUCAAAGCUGAUGAUGCAGUACAUGUUGCAAAGAGAGCUUUAUGAACAGCAACUGAAGGUUUUUCAUCUUGAGAGCUUGUCGCGUACGCAAUCAUACCCUUGUUCAUGAACUAAACAGUUCGUCCAAAAUUUAUUAUGCAUCAGUUUGAUAUUUUGUCCGCGAAUGUGUGAAAAGCGGAUUAAUUUACUAGUAAAGAUAAUUUCAAAAUUUC